UAUGGGCGCUCGAGCGAAGGGGAGAUCACUUCUGCUGUCUGCGGCAGCUGAAGUCAUCUCCGUCCUCCGCUCCACUCAAGUGACCACUUUGCCGGAUUAGCGGCACCAUGGGAAAAAAGAAGCAGCCAUCGGACGCAGGGAGUGUACGGGAGGAUGGGGGCGUUGCGCCAGGAGUCAAGAUGUGCUGCGGUACGGGCUACCCGAUCAGCAUCGGAUUCGUGGUGGUGAACGAGUUCUGCGAGAGGUUCUCCUACUAUGGCAUGCGCGCUGUGCUCGUCAUCUACUUCAACUACUUCCUGCUGUGGAGCGAGAACACCUCGACUGCGGCAUACCACGCCUUCAUCAGCCUGUGCUACUUCACGCCCAUCAUCGGCGCCAUCAUCGCCGACUCCUGGCUCGGAAAGUUCAAGACCAUCAUCUACCUGUCCAUCGUGUACGCAGCGGGGCAGAUCGUGACAUCCGUGAGCGCCAUCCCCACGCUCAGCGGCCCCAUCAAUGCCAGCGCCCACUUCGAGGAGGGGGACGCAGCAGCCGGGAUGGCGGUCAAUGACCCCACGGUCCACGUUGCCCUCACCAUCCUGGGCCUGAUCCUCAUCGCGCUGGGCACCGGGGGGAUCAAGCCGUGCGUCGCCGCCUUCGGGGGAGACCAGUUCGAGGAGGAGCAGGAAAAUGAGCGAAGUCGCUUCUUCUCCAUCUUCUACCUGUCCAUCAACGCGGGCAGCCUCAUCUCCACCUUCGUGACCCCGAUCCUGCGAGGCACGCAGUGUUUCAACCAGGACUGCUUCGCUCUGGCGUUCGGAGUUCCCGCAGUGCUCAUGGUGGUGGCGCUGGUGGUGUUUAUCGGAGGCAGUGGGAUGUACAAGAAAGUUCCUCCCAAGGGGAACAUUCUGCUGGAAGUGUCGCGCUGCAUUGGGUUCGCCAUCUCCAACCGGUUCAGGCACCGCGGUAAACAGUUCCCCAAGCGGGACCACUGGCUUGACUGGGCCCGCGAGAGCUACAACGGACGUCUCAUCGCUCAGAUAAAGAUGGUGUUUAAGGUGCUCUUCCUCUACCUGCCCCUGCCCAUGUUCUGGGCACUCUACGACCAACAGGGAUCGAGGUGGACUUUCCAGGCAACCCGCAUGAACGGCGACUUUGGAUCGUUAGUCAUCCAGCCUGACCAAAUGCAGUCCAUCAACGCGAUGCUGAUCCUCGUGCUCGUCCCUCUGUUCGACGUCGGGAUCUACCCCCUGCUGCGUCGGUGCAGAGUCAACUUCACGCCCCUGCGCCGCAUCACGGUGGGAAUGCUGUUCCUGGGGGUCGCAUUCGUGGUGGCCGGGGUCAUCCAGAUCAUGGUGGACAACUCUCUCACCAAGCUCCCGGGUGCCGGUGAGGCUCGCUUCAAGCUGCUGAACCUGCAGAGCGGUGCAAACGUCUCCAUGCGGCACGACGAGGGCAGCUGCCAGCUGAGCGCACCGCCACACGCAGUGUCGAUGGAACCAUGCACCAUCGCCUCUAGCGGCCAGACGACCCUCAACCUCAGCCUCUCGUUCACAGGGGGCUCCUCGUGGGUGUUGUGCCAAGCGGCCGUGAGCCCCGGCUCCCUGCACACCCUGCUCGUCCGCAACCACUCCGGCCUGCCCUGCAAAAUGCUGGAAGAUGUCACCAAGAAACCCGAGCAGGGGAAAAACCUGGUCAGAUUCAUUAACGCGCUGAACGUGGAGCUGAGGGUGAGGAUGGGCGACGUGGAUUACGGAGCAGUGCAGGGAUUCAGCAACUCUUCCUAUCACGAGAUCUCCAAGGGAGAGAACAUUAAUAUCCACGUGCUGGUGAACUCCUCGGUGCCCCGCGAGUUUAAUUUCGCUGAGAACAUCGGCUUCGGGGGCAGCUACACGAUCCUGCUCUACGAGGACGCCGCUGGCCAGCUGCUCAAGUCGAGCGAGGUGGACAUUCAGCCCAACUCGGUGCACAUGGGAUGGCAGGUGCCUCAGUAUCUGCUGCUCACCAUCGGAGAGGUCAUCUUCUCUGUGACCGGUCUCGAGUUCUCAUAUUCACAGGCGCCGCCCAACAUGAAGUCGGUGCUGCAGGCGGCGUGGCUGCUCACCGUGGCCUUCGGCAACAUCAUCGUGCUUAUCGUGGCCGAGGCCGGCCAGAUGACCCAGCAGUACGCUGAGUUCUUCCUGUUUGCGGGGCUGCUCUUCGCGCUGAGCAUGAUUUUUGCCGUCAUGGCGUACUUCUACACCUACGUGGACCCCGCCGAGGUGGAGCGAGAGUUCGACCGCCUCGACCAGGAGGAGAAGCACCGGCGAGCAUCGGGAAGAGGAGAAGGAGGAGAAAAAUCCAAGGAGGAGCACGGAGGAGGCAUGGAGCUUGCUGGAGUUUACGAUGAGCCGCUCAAGCAGACCAAGAUGUAGGGCCACCACCACCGGAUCGCCACCACCACCGCCCCACCACCACCACCACCACAGUGGAUCCAGGACGUCCCUGGGUCCCUCGAGCGUGCCGAGAAGCUGACAGGGGCCUUUGCAGCUCCCCGCAGUCACCACGGCUACGGUCUAGAACACAGAGGGGCCUUCACUGCCACGUGGGAUCAAACAUUGCUCCUCCCUCUGCCCCCCAUCUCCCCCUCUCUCCCUCUCUCUCCCCCUGCUCCCCCCUCUCCCCCCA